AAUUUUAUAUGUCAAUUCGUUAAGAGUCAGAUCUUAGUUGUGAAUUGCUGAGGUCCACAUUAUAGGAUAUUAAUUAUAGAUUAAAUAAUUUACAACAUGUUGUUCCUAAUCCUCAUAGUUGGAAAGAUAAAAUUCAGAAAGAAGCACCAAUUCCUAAACUAAAUUUACGUAAAAUAAAUUCAGUGUACAAAGAAAACUGUAUACCUCUAAAGAAGGUGACAGCAUCUUUUGGUGAUAAAAUAAUAGAUUAAGUUGAGAAUAUCAAUGAUAAGAGUUUCGACGAUUUAUAAAAAAAACCUUAAAUAAAAAUGAUGGCAGAGUAACUUCCUUAAAAAUAAAGAAGUCAUUCAAUCAAUUGUUCAUAACAAGUCCUUAGAAAUCAGAACAGUCACUCAAUUUAAUUCAAAGUAUCUAAUGCAUCAAGAUUAUAAAAUUCUUCCGAUUUUUAAUAAUACUAAUCAUUACAUCAAUCCUUUGAGAAACCUCUCAAAUCCUCAUUUAUUGGUAGUUAAUAGAUUUAAGUACCUUAAAGAGAUCAAAGUUUAGAGUAUGUUCAACCAACUCUUAUCCAAAAACCCAUUAUUAUUGAGUAGUAGUAGUAAAAUGUGCAAACUAGAAACAAUUCAUUAUUAUCUACACCAAUUAAGCAGGUAGCAAAUGUUUCUCAAGGAUAAACUCCAUUGAAAAGAGGGAAUUCAUCGACAACAUAAAAAGUGAUUUAAACAAAUUUAAGUUAGAAUCAGUCUUACUAAUGUUUUCAAGUUUAACAAUAGAAAUAAUAAUUAUAAAAUUAAGAUUUAAUUAAAAUUUUGCAAGAUCAUUCUAAUAAAUAUCAGUAAUAGUAGGUUCAAUAUCAUUCAAUAUAAAAUACUCUUGCCUCUUCUUAAUAUACUUAGAAUAUAGCCUAAUUCAAGGUAUCUCAAAAUAGAAAUGCAUCGACUAGCAUAAGAGUGCCAAUGGGAUAAAUACUCUAUGGAAAUUCAAUGAUAAGAUUGUGA